UCAGACGACGUUUUUGAGGAAUUACAUUACAAGUGUAUGGCGCUGUCUGACGUCAUCAAUGUACUGCCAGUGUAUGACGUCAAAACCUUUCGUCACCAUGUUGGGACGCUUGUCACUAUGGUUGUCUCCGAACAUCCAGAGGUUGAUAUUGAUACUGAUGCUGAGUGUGUUACUGUACCUUGGAGUUUUGGUUUCGUACUUUUGGUUAUGUGAAGAUGAAAACUUUGUUAGAUCGAUUUCAGCAAAUAUUUUAGUACCUGCUAAAAGUAAAAAUCAGGACGAUAGCUCUUCUCUGUUAGUUUAUAAUGUAAAUAUGAAUUUGAAUAACAACAGUAACAUGAGUGAGCGCGCGGUCCGCAUACAUUACUACAACCCUCCAGAGUGGGUCGGGCGGGAUACGUUCAAAAAGUGUCCGCAAAACUGUUUGAUAUCCUUUGGCAAAGAGUACAAAAAAUAUUCCACCAGCCAGUUUGUUAUAUUUGAUGGGAACGGAAAUCUUCCUAAGGAACCGCCUCCGAAACAAUCUGGUCAGGUCUGGAUAUACCACAGUUUAGAGCCGCCGUUUCUGCAGCCUAGAUUACACAAGUGGAAUCGUAAAAUAAACUGGACAAUUUCCUAUAGAAGAGAUGCAGAUUUCACACACGUGUAUGGCACAAUGUUGUUCAAGAAAGUCAAAGAUACAGAAAGAGUCAAACUGCGCAGCAACUGGGAAGACAAGACGCAUGGUAAUGCUUGGUUUGUGUCGCAUCGAAACGUACCAAGCAGACGAGCCGAAUUCGCAAGGAAGUUGAAUAAAAGCAUAAAUGUGGACAUCUAUUCACGAACAGGACCAAGUAGAUGCCCUACAAAUGCGAUACAAAACUGUGAUCAACUAUUAAGUGAAAAAUAUAAAUUUUAUCUUUCAUUUGAAAACGAUUUGUGCCGCGACUACGUCACAGAAAAGUGUUUUAAGAUAUACGCCUCCAAAGUUGACGUUAUUCCUGUAGUGAGAGGGGUCCCUGACUAUUCGAUUUUUGCCCCUCCACAUUCGUACAUUGAUACUACGAAAUUCAACGACAUUUCAAGUCUAGGAGCAUUUCAGAAGGGUCUUGCAAACAAUCAAACUGAAUUUGAAAAUUAUUUUCAAUGGAGAAAAUUCUACUAUAAUGAACCAACCGGUGACCGGGCAAUCUGUCGGCUGUGUGCGCAUGCGCAUAGGGCUACAAACUACCAGCGGUUAUACGAAAAUCUGGACACCUGGGUCCAUGGCGACCAGGGUAACCCUAUGUGUCGUAAGGUCACCGAUAUUGAAUAAAGCGCAAUUUUUUUUUUGUGA